AUGGAGAAUGACAGUCCUGCAGAUUCAGAGCAGCCAGCUGAUCUGAGAAUAGUUCUGGUGGGGAAGACUGGAGCAGGGAAGAGUUCUUCAGGAAACACCAUCCUGGGGAGAGAUGCCUUUAAAGAAGAGGCCUCCUUUGUGUCUGUAACUGAAACAUGUGAGAAACAGGGCGGAGUGGUGAAUUGGAGAACAAUUGAUGUCAUCGACACCCCGGGACAAUUUGAUACAACCAUGUCUCAAGAAGAGAUGAAAAGUGAAAUAGUCAGGUGUAUAGAAAUGUCAGUGCCAGGACCCCACGCCUUCCUGCUGGUGAUCCGACUGGGGAGGUUCACAGAGGAGGAGAGGAACACUGUGAAGUGGAUCCAGGAGAACUUUGGAGAAGAAGCCUCAAAGUACACCAUCAUUCUGUUCACUGGUAAAGAUCAGUUGAAGGGGAAAACAGUUGAGGAGUGUCUGAAUCCUUGUGUUUCGCUUCAGGAACUGAUCAAAAGCUGUUUGGGAAGGUACCAUUGUCUCAAUAAUGAUCAGAAGGAUGACCGUCUUCAGGUCAAAGAGCUGCUGAAGAAGAUAGAAGAGAUGGUAGAGAUGAAUGGAGGAGAGCACUACACCAAUGAGAUGUACCAGGAGGUUCAGAGGAAAUUGAGAGAGGAGGAGGAGAGAAAGAAACAGGAGAUGGAGGAGGAGAGGAGGAGAAGGGAGGAGGAGUUACAGGAGCAAGAAAGGAGGAGACAGGAAGAAGAAAAGAGGAGACGGAAAAAAGAAAAUAUGAAAAAAGGUUUAAUUUCAGCAGUAGUUGUUGGGGCAGUAGUAGCUGGGACUACAGUACUUAUUGCUGUUGAAGUAGCAGUUUCCGUGGUAGUAGGACCUAUUCUGUUGGCUGGGGGAGUUAUAGUUGGUACAGUAUCUUUAGUAUUUUGGGGGGAAAAAAUGAGAAAAUAAAUAAACAAAAAGAGAGGGAAGCAGUAAUACCACAGAUGGAAAUUAGCUAGUUCAAUACUUACAAUAUUAAUGUUGAGCCUUGAUGAAUUAAUAAACACGUUAACUGAUAAAUAAUGUAUACGGUAGGUGUUUAAAACAAAAAUCUGAUCAAACCUUUUUGGGGGUCAUUUAAUUCAUCUAUUUGUGAUUCAAAAAGGGUUAAAGAGGUCAACUUCAAAUAAAAUAAAAUGUAUUUGUCACAUACACAUGGUUAGCAGGUGUUAAUAAAAGUGUAGCGAAAUGCUUGUGCUUCUAGUUCCGACCAUGCUGCAGUAAUAUCUAA